AUGGUAUCAGCAUUUAAGGCCAGCGAAAAGCGGUGGAAACGUGCAACCAAUGCGGACCUUUUGAGUGAUCCAGCGCUGGUGGACCCAAGAAAUCUCAGUGACGAGCAGAAAGCGAAGGUGCAAUGCAUCGGGUCCUGGACCUGGAAAGACGAAGACGAAGAACGACCCGUCCUGGCCUUUGACAACUUUGGCGCGUCCCACUGUGGCUUCUGCGUGAUCCCUAACGCUUUAAACGCCAAGACUCAAUUAGAAAUGGCUCGUUCUUGUCUGACCGAGUUUGCAGAAGAGCCACACGUGACCAACAUGCACCUCCUGCAUCAGAACGUACCGGAUAUCUGGCACAAGGCAUGCGUGUCGCAUCCACGAGACCCAGCACAGUCUCCGCUACUCUCGAAGUUGUGCUGGGCGGCUUUAGGGUACCACUACGAUUGGACUGCAAGGAAGUACGAUAAAAACAGCUUCUCGCUUGUCCCUGAAGUGCUGCAGGAACUCGGUAGAAAGUGCGCUGCUGUAUGUGGCAUGACGUUGACAGCUGAAGCUGUGAUUGUGAAUUUCUAUAAGAUGAAGUCUUCUAUGGGUGGACACUUGGAUGAUGUCGAGUACACGAUGGAUCAUCCUGUGGUAUCGGUGUCCCUUGGUAGUCAGUGUGUGUUUCUUAUGGGCGGUCAAGGAAAAGACAAGCCGCCGCUGCCAGUGCUGCUACGAAGCGGCGAUAUUGCUAUCAUGGGCGGUGUAUCAAGAACAUGCUAUCACGGCGUGGCUCGUGUGCUGCCCACUCCAUUUACCAUUGCAAAUGAGGAUCUAGACAAGCUUUGCCGCGAUGAAAAGGAUCGUGCAGAGCACAAGGCAAUUCGAACGUAUCUGAGUACGCAGCGUAUCAACAUUAACGUGCGCCAAGUGUACCCAACAGAUCGUGUUACAGAUUGA